GAAGGAAGGGGAUGGAGGAGUGCGCCCCACCUAUUAGGCCUACAAGCGCCCCGCAGUGGAAUUUUGCUGCUGACCAAAAACGUCAGGAUGGUCUACCUACAUCAACGUAUUCAACAUUAACUUUAAAGGGAUAGGGCCUACGAGUAGAUCAAUUACACUUAUUACAAAGUGAGAGUAAACGGAAAAGAAAUGAACAGAGCCGGAGACAACAGUGCGCCGCCGAAAACGCACCGGUGCCUGAGGCAGCCAAAUUCUCAAGAAGAAACUCAUGGCGGUGGUCAAAAGAAGAACCGAAACCCACCCACGGUACAACCCAAAGAUGCCCAGAGAUGUACCAAGAUCAAGACAGUUGGAACUACUGGCACUCUGGCAACUCCGUGCGUCAGUGGUAAGGACAGGAAAGCAGAGAAAGGGAAGCGACUUGGGAAAAGUGCGCUGGUUGCCACCGAAGGACAAAGGCAUCAAAGCGCGCAAAGGAAACUCUCGGAUGCCAGCAAUGCUUCUGAGGACUUCAGCAAAGAUUCUGGUUGCAUGUCUGGAAAGGUCUCGUGCUCCGACAGUAGUUCUGAAAUUUCUGACUGCACAUCUGAGGGAAAUAAACUUUCCACUGACACUCAUAGCAGCGACACCGAAUUGAGUAGUUCAGAUGGAAGAGCUUUAGAUACCUCAAGUGGAGAUCCCUUUACCCGUGUGCCCGACAUGAGGAACGAAGGUAUCCCGUCCACGUGUACAUGGCAAGAAAACGCUAUAUACUCUGGAGGAGAUGGUUAUAACUCUUCUGGAUGUUGUGGAGAUUCACUCGCUUCGCUCCCAUCAUUGGAUGUGUCUGUGGCAGGAUAUUCUGACCUAACUGGGGAGCUCUUCGGCGAGACUCCCGAAGAUCUUGUCAGAGAGGUGGAUGACUUGAGAUCAGAAAAUGAAUAUUUAAAAGAUGAAAUGGAGGAGCUGCACUGUGAGAUGCUGGAGAUGCGGGACAUGUUCAUGGAAGAGGAGGUCUACCAACUGCAGGAUCUGCGGCUGCAGCUAGACCAGGCCAACAAGAUGUGUCGCAUCCUGCAGUACCGACUGCGCAAGGCUGAGCGACGCAGUAUCAGGGUAGCCCAAACAGGACAGGUGGAUGGAGAGCUUGUCAGAACCUUGGAGCAUGAUAUGAAGGUGGCGAAGAGUGUAUCCGUUCGCCUCCACAAUGAGUUAGAGUCAGUGAUGCAGAAGAAUUCCCAGCUGGUGUGGGAGAACGAGGGCCUACGGGAGAGACUGCAAGAUCUGGAGGUGUCCAAGCAAGUUCUUCAGGUCGAAAUGGAGAAAGCCAGAGAGAGUUCUUUGAAGAGAAGAAGUGUCAGAUCGCCAACUAACAAAACUGAGAAGAAGCUCUCUCCCCAGGAUGACAGUGCUGAUUUGAAGUGCCAGCUCCACUUUGCCAAGGAGGAAUCUGCUCUCAUGUGCAAGAAGCUGACCAAGUUAGCAUUUGAAUGUGAAAAAAUGCACGAGGAGCUGACCAGAUACCGCUCAAUCUACGGUGACAUAGGCACCAACCAAUCCUCUGAGGGCUCCUCCAAUUCCCCCUACACCAGGGAGGCGGAGGUCAAAGUUCACCUGCGUCUUGUUGAAGAGGAGGCCACGCUGCUAAGCCGUCGCAUAGUUGAGCUGGAGGUGGAGAACCGCGGCAUGAGGGCAGAGAUGAGUGACCUUAGGGAGAGAGGAGGAGGAGAGGAGCAAGAGGAGCCACAGGAAGGUGUUAGGGGACACCUGGCCUUACCAGCUCAAGGGAGUGACAGAGAGAAAAAGGACCACGAGUUGAGGAGAGAGUACACGCGGUUUCAAGAUGGGGAGAGGAAACAGGAGAAAGGGAGUGUGGUGCUCGAAUGUUCUCAGGUUGAUAUGGAGUGUCAUUUUAGUAACAACAACCAAUCACAGGUUGAAAGGAUGUUUGACCAAAGCCAGAUCACUCGGGAGGGGCCUGUAGGAGGGGAACAGGAUAGCCAAGAGAAUGAUUCUGAUAAACAAGGCCGAAAGGCUGUGAGUUGCUUCAGUGGGAAAGACCUUGAGGCCCUCCUUAACCUGCGAGAUCAUGCUUGCCUUGUGUGCUCAGCUCUCCAGCUCCUGACUACACCAGUCAACAAUGGACACUGCUCCCCUCUACUAUCUCCUUAUCUUCCCAGGCUAGAAACAGAUCCUCAAAGUAAAGCCCAGGUCCAGGGUCAAGACUCACCCCAGCAAGAGCCUUUAUUUGGGGCUCUGGAGCUUCUACAGUCCAUGUUGAUGGCCUUUGUAGGCAGAAUGGAGAGUCUAAUGUCAUCAGGAUUAGAGCAGAAUGAGCUUUCCUACCAGACAGUUGACAGGGGUUGGGAUAGUAAUGCUGUGACGGUUUUGUCUAGAGCAAGUGCUCUGAAUUAUAAGGAUACUAAAAACAUGUUAGCUCUGACAGAAAAGAAGGAGACAGUUGAAGACCUGAGUAUAGCAGAAGUGAUGGAAAAAGAAGAGGAAGCAAUGCAGGAAUUGGGACCUCUAUCUCAUUGGAACCACCUCAACACCUGCAGAGACCCAGUAGUGCGUCUCACCUUGCAGAUACUCUGGAUCCUCCACCAACGGUGUGUGGGCAAGAUAAACUCGCUGGAAAGCAAUGAGGUCCGAGGCACAGCCAUGCAUCUACUGCGGGGCGUUUUGCUUGAGUUAGGAUCAGAGCUGCAGGAAGAGAACCUGGCUGACCGGGAGACCAUGGGUACACAGAGUGAGAUGACUGAGAGUGCUGUUCACACCAUCUUAGACGAGGGAAGAAGUUUGGCAUAUGAAAGGACAUACCCCAAAGGAAAAAAGUACAGACACAACUUCUAUGCAUUUGGGUCUAACCAGAAGAACCGGUGUUACCUCAGUCUUGAGUCUGCUCAACUGGACCGAGGUGACCAAUUCAAGACCUGGGACCAUCCCAUCAUGCCUCUCAGCUUUCCUGACUUGGACGUAGAACAGAUGAGCAUAGAGAGAAGCCACACUGCUCCAGAGAGGACCAGCCUUUGCAUUUAUUACAGCCCCCCCUCUGCACGCAGAGUCCAGCUAGCUCAGCUAAAGAAAAGCCCCAUCACUGGUAAAAAUACUACUACCACCAUCUCCCCCUGCCAUAAACCUACAAGCUCUGUCUCACCUCGCUGCUUGAGGCUCUCGGCUAACCUGAGUGAUGACAUGAAGGAGAUGACAGCCAGCUUUCAGGCAGUCAGACAGGGAGUCCGCCACUCCAGUUCUCUGGAAAGGAGGAAGGGGAGGUUGUGUGAGGGGUGGGUGGUAGAUGUGGCCAGCGCAAGUACUCAGACUCCAAUAAAACAGCCACAGAUGGUGAGCGUGGGUUUGCAGACGGAUGGUACCCACAGUGUGGGUGGUGUGAGAGUGAGCCCUUCCCGGGUUCGGCCCUCCUCUAUGGUCUCUUCCAAGUCCUCCUCUCUGGAAAGGAUGCCUGGCAGGACCAAACCUGGCUCCAUUUCCCCAAAGUUCUACUGUAGACACUCUGGUUCUUCCCCAUCAUCCCCCUCUUUCUUCUCGUCCACCAGCUCGGCCUCACACUCGUCCUCCUCCAUAUCCACUCCCUCUAAAGAGCAAGGGCCUCUGAGCCCAUCCCAACGUGGUUCUGUCAGGUCAACUUGGGGCCGUCCAACCAAUACCAGAAGUGGUCAAGGACUUAACAGCACCACCCUUAUUAGUGAUGCCAGCAAUGCAGGAAAUCAUUGCAAACCCCCCAGCAAACCUGUAGGAGCAAACCGCUAUGGAUUAGUAACCGAGUUCCUGCGCAGAGUGAGUGGUAGAGCAGAUAAGCCAGCAUCAGGCAUGGGCCAGAAGGCAAAGAGCCUGAAAAACCUGGAGCGCUUGCCUUCCACCAGACCCCCAGCUGGACCACUGCACAGGAAUGAUAGUAUUACUAGAAUCGUAAACCAGAGGUUCAUGAAGCAAAGAGAAGAGGCAGGAAGAAUCCAAAAGGAGGAGAAAGGGCAGAAUACAAACCAGGCUGUCAAAGGGCUCAUCCACAGAGACCAGAACACCAUCACACAAGAGGAUGGGAACUAUGAGUGCAACUCCACCUUCUGCUUUGCCCGACCACCUCGCACCACCCAACGCACUUCACAUCAGGUCAAACUACCCCAUCAUGGAUACUCUGCAGCAGUCACUGGGUCAGGAGAUCCCAUCUGUGAGUAAGGGGGAAAAAGGCAAGGCACAACACUGGACAGCUGAUGGGAUUCCAUGAGACAUGAGAAUCAAGAGGCCUGGAAUUUGGAAUUCUGAAUUCUGUAUCAAAAUGAAGAGGUUGAAUUACAGCUCUGUAAACCAUCGCUCUUAUUGACUGUAGGGGAAUUCUCUACACAGUAUGUCUUUUUAAUGGUGCAAAGUAUUGUGCUAGAAAGUUUGAUUAUCACUAUUAUGAUUUUUAUUUUCAUAUUGGUAUAAUCCAAUUUACUGGAUAGGCACUUUUCUUUACCAAUAUGCUUACAUUUUAUCUCUGUUAUCAGUUAGAAAAAGACAAAUGUUACUGUGACAAGUUCAUUUACUGUAACGGUGUUAUGCAAUAACAUUUUAAAAUAGAUUAAUGUAAUAUUAAUAUAUUUCACAGCCUAUUCUAAGAUAACUGUGGAACAUUGUCUGUUGUCUGUAGGGCCUAUGCAAUGUAUUCAUCACAUAUAAUGUACUAUUGUAGUCUGUGUAAGCUUUUCUUAUGUGUCAUGAUAUACUGAGUUUAAAUAAACACACGUCCCGGCUUCUAUCUACCUGCUUG